AGUAGCGCCCUCCAGCGGAUCAUAAUUGCCAUUACUGUUGCAACAUCAAGCAAAGAUGGCGACGAACAGCGGCGACAGAGGCAGCGAUCCUGACAUGAGCGAUGACAAUGCAAAGAAGCCGAGGUGUUCACCUUCAGACCCGACACUGAAGACCCCGAUUCAGGAAACCGGGGGGACGAAUGGUUCCAGCGAAGCCAACAUGGAGUCUGCCUGCCAGCCGAGCCCAACCUCAAACUCUCAAAGUCAGACAAACAGUGCCGGUGAGCCGGUUGACUCGUCCGCCGCCAUGGAAACUGAGGACAGACAAAAGGACACUGGAAACGGUGCUGAGGUUGCUAUGGACGUUUCGGCUGAAGCCAAAUCGAGUAAUUCUGCGGAGGAGACGACACCGGAAGUGUUAAAACCCAAAGAAAUGGUGGACUUCAAAGUCAUGUAUAACAAACAGAAAUAUGACGUCAGCUUUGAUCUGGACGGGACCGUUGCAACUCUCAAAACACACGUACAGACGAUAACAAGCGUUCCCGCAGAGAUGCAGAAGCUGAUGUACCGAGGCUUGAUGAAGGACGACAAAACCCUGCGAGAGCUGAACGUCAGCAAAGGGGUCAAGCUGAUGCUGAUUGGCUCCACGAUGAAUGAUGUCAUGGAGGUCAACAAGCCCGUCCCCAAGGGAGCCACCAAGGUCAAAGAGGAAACAGCACCGGCAAAGGAGCCACUGUGCAAACAAAAAAUGCACAAGAAGAUCCUGGACAAAGGCAUGCCAGAGGACGUCAUGCCUGGAUUAAAGAACCGACAGGAGUCGUUACCAUCAGUGCCCAUCUCGGGGAUGUACAACAAGGCAGGAGGUAAGGUACGACUCACAUUCAAACUGGAGAUCGAUCAACUCUGGAUUGGAACGAAAGAGAGGACGGAAAAGCUUCCUAUGAGCUCCAUCAAGAACGUAAUCAGUGAACCUAUAGAAGGGCACGAGGAAUAUCACAUCAUGGUGAGUAUUGGCUUCUUAGAGGCAUAG